UGCGCAGUGGAGCUCGCGCGCGGAGUUCUGCGCUCCGGUGAAGGUCCGGCGGCGCGCGGCGACCCCAUCCAUGGAGGAGCCACGGGAGGAGUCGGAGCCCCUUCUGAGCCGGGCCCGGGGCGGCAGUGGCCGCCCGGCGGGCUCGGCCGGCUCCCGCGGCGUCCGCGUUGGGCCUGAGAAAUUGCUGAAUCCCGAGGAGGGCGAGAGGGUGGAGUCCAGCGGUCUCUGGCGGACGCCCGGGGGUUGGGAAGGGCCUCAGCCUCAUCUUGCAGAGAAGGAAACCGAGGCCUGGCCAGGAGAGUAUCCCGGAUCUGUCCAAGGUGCUGCGUCCAGGCAGGAUCUCUGCUUUGACCAGGCUGCCGUCUUCAUCGAAGAUGCCAUCCAGUACCGCUCUAUUAACCACCGCAUGGACGCCAGGUCGAUGUGGCUUUACCGACUGUAUUACUCCAACACCUGCCAGUGGACGUUGAGCCUCACCAUCUUCUUGAUCCUGCUUUUGGCUUUUAUCGAGACCCCUUCCUCGCUCACUAGCACCGCGGACGUCCGCUUCCGCUCGGCCCCCUGGGACCCGCCCUGUGGCCUCACCGAGAGCGUCGAGGCGCUCUGCCUGCUGGUCUUUGUGGCUGACGUGUCUGUGAAGAGCUAUCUGGUUGGAUGGGCCCAGUUCCGGAAGAACCCCUGGCUGCUGGCCUACCUCGCAGUGCUGGUCGUGUCUCUCGCGGACUGGAUCGUGUCGCUGAGUCUGGUUUGCCAGGAGCCCCUGCGGAUUCGCAGGCUCUUUCGCCCCUUCUUCUUGAUGCAAAACUCCUCCAUGAUGAAGAAGACGCUCAAGUGUAUCAGGUCGUCGCUGCCGGAAAUGGCCAGUGUUGUGCUGCUGCUGGCACUGCACCUGUGCGUCUUCACCAUGCUCGGGAUGCUUCUCUUCACAGGCGAGAAGCAGGACGACGGGCAGGACCGGGAGAGGCUGACGUACUUUCGCAACCUGCCGGAGGCCCUGACCUCCCUCCUGGUGCUGUUGACCACGGCCAACAACCCUGACGUGAUGACUCCUGCGUACUCCAAGAACCGGGCCUAUGCCAUUUUCUUCAUAGUCUUCACCCUGAUAGGAAGCUUGUUUCUGAUGAACCUGCUGACGGCCAUCAUCUACAACCAGUUCCGGGGCUACCUGAUGAAGUCCUUCCAGACCUCGCUGUUCCGGAGGCGGCUGGGGGCCCGGGCCGCCUACGAGGUCCUCUCCUCCAUGAGCACACGGGGAGAAGCCCACCCUCGAGGGGUCGGGGUGGACCCCCAGGACUUCCUGCAGGUGCUUCAGAGAGUCCAGCUGGACAGCCACCAGAAACUGGUCAUCAUGGAGAAGGUGCGUUCCUACGGUGGCGACCUUCUGUCGGCCGAGGAGUUUCAGAAGCUCUUCAACGAGUUUGACAAAAGGGUGAUUAAAGAGCGCCCGCCGCGGCCCGAGUACCGGUCUCCCUUCCUGCGGAGCGCUCAGUUCCUCUUCAGCCACCGCUAUUUUGACUACUUGGGGAACCUCAUCGCCCUUGGGAACCUCGUGUCCAUUUCUGUGUUCUUGGUGUUCGAUGCCGACGUGCUGCCCGGGGACCGUGAUGACUUCGUCCUCGGGAUUCUCAACUGCGUCUUUAUCCUGUACUAUGUGCUGGAGCUGCUGCUCAAGGCGUUCGCUCUGGGCCUGCGGGGGUACCUGUCCUACUCCAGCAACGUAUUUGACGGGCUCCUCACCGUCGUCCUCCUGGUUUUGGAGAUCUCAACUCUGGCUGUGUACCGAUUCCCACACCCAGGCUGGAAGCCAGAGAUGCUGGGCCUGCUGUCGCUGUGGGACAUGGCCCGGCUGGUGAACAUGUUCAUCGUGUUCCGGUUCCUGCGCAUCAUCCCCAGCAUGAAGCUGAUGGCCUUGGUGGCCAGUACCAUCCUGGACCUGAUCAAAAACAUGCGGGCCUUCGGCGGGAUCCUGGUGGUCGUGUACUACGUCUUUGCCAUCCUGGGCAUCAGCCUGUUCCGAGGUGUCGUCGUGGCGCCUGGCAACGGCAGCCUGGCCCCCGACAACGGCUCGGCGCCCUGCGGAAGCUUCGAGCAGCUGGAGUACUGGGCCAACAACUUUGAUGACUUCGCGGCCGCCCUGAUCACUCUGUGGAACGUGAUGGUGGUGAACAACUGGCAGGUGUUUCUGGACGCCUAUCGGCGCUUCUCGGGCCCGUGGUCGAAGAUGUACUUUGUGUUGUGGUGGCUGGUGUCAUCUGUCAUCUGGGUCAACCUGUUUCUGGCUCUGAUUCUGGAGGUAUCAGCCGAGGCUCCGUCCUGCCCUUGGGGCCUGGCGCUGCUCCCCCUGGCUGCCGGGAGCCCCUUGGAAUGCCCUCGACCCCUGAUGUGUGGGGGUUCUCGGCUAGGGGCGGCCAUCAGGCGUCUGGCUCCUGUAGGAGCCGGUGGCCUUGCUGGGCCCUGGAUCCCAGCGUCGGGAAUUUCCUCCACAAGUGGGACCGCCGCGCUCACCUGCAGUCCCUUGCUGGGGACCCAGAUACGUGCUGUCAGGUGACUGUGGAUCUCCUGUUCAGGGACGUCCUGGAGGAACCCACGGAGGAGGAGCUGCUGGAGCAGCUGAGCUGUCACCCGCACUUGCGGCUGUGCAGGUGACCCCCAGGUGCGCCGUCCUGGCACGGGCGGCAGGUUGGCCGUGUGGCCUCGAGACGGACGCCCGUCGAGGCAGCGGCCCAGGAGGAGAGACUUUGCGUGGCCAGAAUUCUCCACCCACGCGAGGCGGGAGCGGAGAGCAGGGCCCUGUUCGCUGCCCGGCGGAACCACCACCUACCAGCGGCUUUUCCUCGCGGCGCCUUGGGCUCCGCGCCCGGCCGCUCUCUUUGGUCGGCUGCUGCAGUGAGACUUUGACUCUUCUACACCCGGGUGGAGGGUGACUCCCCGGGACCUUUGAGACCGUCUGGAAAGCAGGAGGCAGUGGCCUUCCUCGUGGGCCCUGCGAUUUCCGUGGUGCCUUCGCUGCCGGUGGCCUUCAGGGACCACGGGCCCUCCUGGGGCCUGCACGGGCCCACCGGCAGCUUUCCAGGGCAUUCAGUUUGGGUGGUUUUAGAGGAAGAGAAUCUUAAGGGUUUUAUUGUUCUAUGGCUCCCAUGAGUAUUGAUUGGAUGGAUUUCUUUACGGGUCAGAAUGCCCGUAGUUUUUAUCCUUGCGAAGAGUGAGGUCGUCAUUCUUACGUGGACACAGCUCCAAUCCUGUUUCUCUGGAGCAGGGUGGCCAGGUAAGGUUGUUUAGGUUGUGCACUGUAAACCUGGCUGCGAGGGUGUGUCCAGGCACUGGAAUGUCUCCCCAGGGUGACGGGUACCUUUUUCUAACUUGCAUAAAGGCAUGUGUAAGCCA